GCGGCGCCGGGCGGGCGGCGAUGGACGGGCAGCGCCCGGCGGGCCCCGCCGCGCCGCGCUGGAGGAGGCGGGCGACCCCCCGGCCGCAGCCCCUCGCCUGGAGCAAGCCCCGGCCGCAGUCGUACCAGAGCCCCAGCGGGCUGCUCGUCACCGACUUCCCCGUGGAGGACAGGUGCGCCUUCACCGUGACCCAGCCCGCCGGCACCGUCAGCCCCGACAUGGGAUCCGUGUCCAACGGCACCGUGCGGCCGCCCCGCUCGCCCGGGCUGUCCCCGGAGCGCUCCCGGCUGCUCACCCUGGCUCCGGACAGCCGUGUCGGUUCGACCGCCAACGGCACCGUCCCCGCGCCGGGCAGCGGGCAGGGCCGCCGGGCCCGGCCGCCCAGGACUGCGGGGCUGGCCCCGCACCAGGACCGCAUCGUGUUCGCGGCCAGCGCUCAGCCCGCGCCGUGCGGCCGGGCCGCCGAGCCCCCGGGGGUACCGGGAGGAUCCCCUGGAGUCGGCCGGACCUCCGAGCCCCCGAAGGGAUCCCCCAGAAUCGGCCGGACCGCCGAGCCCCCGGGGGCAUCCUCUGGAGUCAGCCGGAUCGCCGAGCUCCCGAAGGGAUCCCCCGGGAUCGGCCGGACCGCGGAGCCCCCGAAGGGAUCCCCCAGAAUCGGCCGGACCGCCGAGCUCCCGGGGGCAUCCCCUGGAGUCAGCCGGACCGCCGAGCCCCCGGAGGGAUCCCCCGGGAUCGGCAGGGCUGCCGAGCCCGCGGAGGUGCCGGGAGGUCCCCCCGCGGAGCCCCCCGCGCUGCUGAGCACGCACAGCCCCGCGGCGCGGAAGGUGGGCUCGCAGCAGCUGAUCCCGCUCAGCCUGGCCGAGAGCCGGCCCGCGGGCCGGGCCCAGGGCCACGACCGGCUGCUGAAGGCUCGGAGCAUGGUGGAGACCCCCCGGCUGCCCCUGGGCAGCGACGCCGAGGACGAGCCCGAGGGCGGCCCGGGCAGCCCGGGGACGCUGCGGCGAGGGCUCCGCUCCACGUCCUACCGCCGGGCCGUGGUGAGCGGGGUGGACCUGGACGGCUCCGCCAACUGCAAGAAGAAGAACAGAAUGUCCCAGCCCAUCCUGAAAGCCGUGGUCGAGGAUAAAGAGAAGUUUUCGAGCCUGGGCAGGAUAAAGAAGAUGCUGAAAGGCCAAGGGACGUUCGAUGGGGAAGAAAAUGCUGUGUUAUAUCAGAACUAUAAGGAAAAGGCUCUGGACAUAGAUUCUGAUGAAGAGUCUGAGCCCCGAGAGCAGAAAUCGGAUGACAAGGUUGUUUUUCACUACAAGCCCCUGAGGUCGACGUGGAGCCAGCUCUCUGUGGUGAAGAAGAACGGAUUGUCAGAAGCCAUCAGCCAGGAGGAGAGGAAGAGGCAGGAGGCAAUAUUUGAAGUGAUCUCUUCUGAGCACUCUUAUUUGCUGAGCUUGGAGAUUCUGAUCCGGAUGUUUAAAAAUUCCAGGGAACUGAGCCUCACAAUGACCAAAACAGAGAGCCACCACCUCUUCUCCAACAUCACAGAUGUUUAUGAAGCAAGCAAAAAGUUCUUUGAAGAGCUGGAAGCGAGGCACCAGAACAACAUCUUCAUCGAUGACAUCAGUGACAUCGUGGAGAAACACGCGGCCUCCUCCUUCGACCCCUACGUGAAGUACUGCACCAACGAGGUGUACCAGCAGCGCACCCUGCAGAGGCUGCUAGCCACAAAUCCAGCGUUUAAGGAGGUGCUGUCCCGGAUCGAGUCCCACGAGGAUUGCAGGAAUUUGCCCAUGAUCUCCUUCCUCAUCCUUCCCAUGCAGAGAGUCACUCGUCUCCCCUUACUGAUGGAUACCAUUUGCCAGAAAACUCCCAAGGAUUCAGCAAAAUAUGAGAACUGCAAGCAGGCUCUAAAAGAAGUCAGCAAGCUGGUCCGUCUGUGCAACGAGGGCGCUCGGAAGAUGGAGAGGACGGAGAUGAUGUACACCAUUAACUCCCAGCUGGAAUUCAAAAUCAAGCCCUUUCCACUGGUUUCCUCUUCACGGUGGUUGGUGAAAAGGGGCGAAUUAACAGCAUAUGUAGAAGACACUGGACUUUUUUCCAAAAGAACCUCUAAGCAGCAGGUCUACUUCUUCCUCUUCAACGAUGUCCUCAUCAUCACCAAGAAGAAGAGUGAGGAGAGUUACACGGUGACGGAGCACUCGCUGCGGGAGCAGCUGGUGGUGCAGCCCUGCGAGGAGGAGCCCGGCUGCUCUCCCGGGAGGAACGCGGUGCUGCACUCGCGGGGCUCUGCCGCCCACCUCUUCAGGCUGCUGGUGCUCAGCAACCACGCGGGGGACAGGGUGGAGAUGCUGCUGGGAGCAGAGACUCAGAGUGACAGAGCGCGGUGGAUCACAGCGCUGGGGCAGGACAGCGACGGGCUGCACACGGACAGGACCACUCUGGCUCAGGUGGAGAUCAUCAGGACAUACACAGCCAAGCAGGCCGAUGAACUGUCCCUCCAAGUGGCUGAUGUCGUUCUGGUUUAUCAAAAAGUGAAUGAUGGCUGGUACGAGGGGGAGCGGCUGCGGGACGGGCAGCGGGGCUGGUUCCCCAUGGAGUGUGCCAAGGAGAUCACCUGCCGUGCCACCCUGGACAAGAACAUGGAGCGCAUGGGGCGCCUGCUGGGGCUGGAAACCAACGUGUAGCAUGGUCCUGUCCCCACACCACGCUCUGCACCCGCUGCUGGGGGCUCCCUGUGGGACAGGGGGCACCGGAGCCCACACCCCCUUCACCAGAGCACUGAUAUUUGGAUACUCGUGUCCGUCCUCACUUUGCCUUCCCAGAGCUCUGAACUGAAGCCUGGUUAGACCAGGAGCAGAGUGCAGCUCCCAGCAGUGUCCUGGGAGCUCAGCUCUGCAUCCUUCUCACUCGUGUUCCAGUUCUGGCUUCAGUUGCUCCAUCCUUGCCUCCUUCCAUUCUUGCUCCCUCCGUUUUUCAGCAUCCUGACUUGCUUUCCCCAGAGCUGCAUAGGAUAAAGGACAGCAGAUGUGGGCCCCAUCCAUGAAGCUGGAGGUGAACAGCAAUGCUGGGGGUGUCCCAAAGGGCUGUACUGGGACAGUCCCAGUACCAGCCAGGGUGUUAAUGGGAUACUUCCCACUCAUGUCAGAACCUGUGUGACCUGAACUAGAAUAACCAGCUCUGUACUUCAGGAAGGCCAACCUACCUCUCCAGUGCAAAUCCAGGGACAGCCCAGGCCUUGGCACAAGCAAUGCUGGCAGAAGCUCCAGAAGAAUCCAGAGCUGUGCCUCCAGCUGGAGUGAUCUCUAACAAACACUGUCAGGCAGCUUUUAGUUCUGCAGGGGUGAAAGGAUUUCUGAAAGCAAAACCAAGGUACCACACUCUGCAAAAGCAGGUGGUGCUGAUGCAUCUUGGCCCAGGUAUUUUAGCAGAGAGUAACUGCUGGAAAUGGGGCCGAUUUGUUCCUGGUUUCCUCAGGUGUUUAACGAGCUCCUGUGCUUCAGUUACUGUUUCAGAGCAGGAGUUUGCUGGGCCGCAGGAACAUGAAGUACUUUGGUCUGGGACUGGGGGGUUUCUGCUCUUCAGUACUGGAGAUCAAUUCUUUCCAUGUUCUGCUGAACUCCGUUUACCUGCACCUUUAUCAUCCUGUGGGAUCCACAGCAGAGGGAGAGUGAAGAGCUGCACAGUUUGGUUGGGGUGCCAGGUCUCCUCUCUGUUGUGGCACCAUCAGAGAGCUCGGGCAGUGCCCGAGGAACAGCCUGGCAGGAGCUGUGCUGGUGCUGCCCCGGGCUCACAGUGCCCUGCACACCCCAGUGCCCCUCCUGCUGUGAGAACGGGGCAGCCCGGGCUGAGCAGAGCUCAGUGGGACUGUGGGAUGCAAACCCUCACCCGGGUAAGGACCAGUUGCUGGCUCAGCAGCUACAUACUGCUCACUACAAACGAGGGGACAACUUGUAGUACCAAGGCUUGCUUCUUGUUGCCUUCCCCAGCCUCAGAACAGGGGCUGGAGGUUGUUUUAUAGUCUGUAAUAUGCUGAUUUCAUUGGUGAGUGAAUUGGGUGUUUGUAAAGAUGUCUGUCUCUAACAAUUUAAACUGUAUUAGGAAGGCAAUAAUUUUGUACAAAAGUACUUACCUGGACGGUCUGACAGUGGUUAUACAGCCUUGUAAAUUAAUUUAAAAGAGGACUGAUAAAAUAGUAAUGACAGAAACUGUAAAUUGAACAAAGACUUAUUUAACAUAGUAAAAAGACUGCUACUGUUUUAACAAAUUUAUUGUAUACAGGCAGAUGUUUAACACAUAACUGAAUGUAUAAAUCCAGGCAUUAAUUUUAUUCAGAUUUUUUUAAUACCUUGUAUAUAUUUUUCAUACCUAGUUUUUCCAAAAAUGCUGUAAUGUUUUUUAAAGACAUUUUUCAUUUUUCCUAUCGUUGGACACAGUUCUUCAGGAAUUAAAGACUUCUAUGAUUUUAUAGGACAACAAUCAAUAAAAUGCUUUUAAAUCCGUACUA